AUGACUCGCAGUCGCCUGAAGAAGAGUCUGCGGGCCCUGGACCAAUUCAUACAUGUAGCGUAUUCUUUCGGCUUGACAGUCAACCUGGACAAGACAAAGGUGAUGGCUGCUGGAUAUGGACUCGCGGAAGCAGACCGGCUGCCCCUGGACGUGGCGGGUGAGGUGGUCGAGUGUGUAGAUAGUUUCCGUUAUCUUGGCUCUCUCCUCCACACGAAUGGCCGAUCUACCCCAGAUAUCAGCUCGCGCAUUGCCGGUGCAUCACGUGCAUUUGGAGCCCUGCGCCAGCCGGUUUUCGCUGACGGCAACCUCUCACUUGCUACAAAGCAGCUUGUGUACGGGGCAUGCGUGUUGUCUCUGCUUCUGUACUGUGCUGAGUGUUGGGUGCCGUUGAAGCCCGACCUUGAUGCACUGUGCUCUUUCCAUUUGCGCUGCAUCCGUUCCGUGAUGGGUAUCAGCCAGCGGAAUGUCUGGGACGAACGACUGACCAGGGUUGAUGUUCUGGAGCGGUGGAAUCCGCGUCAGCCCCGUGACAUCCCCAGCCUGCUGACAUCGCGCCGCAUAGAGUGGCUUGGGCAUGUUGUGCGAAUGCAUGAGGAGCGUGCCCCGCGUCAACUACUGUUUGGCACCCUACAUCCUGUCCAUCCAAUGUGCGGCCCGAGGAAAAGGUGGCGCGAUGCUACGCGGAAGGAUCUGGCGGCGUUGGGCAUCGACGAAUGCCAGUGGAACCUUGCAACCGGCCGAAAAGCCAACCAGAAAGCCAACCAUCAAGGUCACCCCGAGCAGUGCAAUGCUUUCAGUCAGUACUAUUGUGUAGCGGCUAGGGGAGAGUUCCAGAUGAUUAUCAGUAGUAAUGGCCGCAUCUGCUACUGCUCUCCGAACGUCGAAUCCUUGCUGGGAGUCCGUGACGUGGAGGUGAUGGGAAACAAAAUCACGGAUUUUGUUGAUCCCGAUGACGCACACAUCAUCACCCCUCAUCUUCAGCGCCUUAACCAGAUAGGCGUCACCCAGGCGGGGGAAGAUGGGCCCGAGCCGGAUCCCAGCAUUGCCGGUGAGUUCGCAGCACCAGAUUCAUGCUCUUUUGCUGUGCGCAUGAAAUGCGGCAAUCAGAAAAAAAGAAGAAAUAGGACGGCUUCAUCGCGUGCAUCCAUGGCCGCCAGCAGCAAGUCUUACGACUAUUGGCCAGUAAGAUGCCACGGCCAGUAUAGACCACCAGCCAUGGACCUGAAAUUGACCGAGCCACUAUCACUGCACUCAAUGGUGAUCCUCUGCAAGCCCGAUGUUACCAUUGGCUCUGUGAGCAUGGAGUCCCGUCCAAGCGGAAUGAAUUUCCGAGCUCGAUACAAUUUGGCUUUCGAGAUCGUUAAAUGCCAUGAGAACGACCAAGCAGUGUUCACUGGCCAGAAGGAUCUCAUUGGUAAGAGCCUGUACGCGCUGAUUCAUCCCUUAGAUGCCGAGAAACUGCGAGAGAAGCACCAUGCAUUGGUACAUGGUAACGAAGACAGCAUCACAAUGCAAUUGCGCUACUUACGACCGAACAACAGCAGUGUGUUGGUGGAGAUGGUGGCGAAUCUAGAGAGGACCUCUCCCCGGAUGUACAUCAAUGUAAACAAUUAUAUCGUAAGCAUAUCUGCACAGCCUGUGAUGGUUCCCUUUAGAGCCAGUGCGACACCAGUAGUGGCGCCUCAAUCACCUGGCCUGCCGGUCAAACAAGCCAUGCCGAAACCACCAGCAGCAGAAGCAGCGGCAUCGGCAACCGCUGCCUCGGAAGGACAUCGACCACAGCCUCCCGCAGCCGCCAUCUCCACCACAGACUCUGCCUGGGCACGAGAUCCUCUGCUGACUCCCGCAGCUGCAGCGUCUAUCUCCGCCACGGACUCUGCCUUUGCAGGACGUCAUCUGCAGACUCCAGCAGGCGCCACGUCUAUCUCCACCCUGGCCUCCGCCGGCAGAUCUGCACUGGCUGCCACCACCUCCGCCACUUUCCGGAGAUCCAGUUUGAAUGUCAAAUCGGGAGAUCUUGUAUCACCAGACUCGGUUUCCACCCCGGAUGUCUUCCCCAAGCUCUCGUCACAAGCACAGGUGUCUUCGUUGGCGCUUGCACGUCCUGCUAGCAUGACUGUGCAAUCAACCAUGAUGCGCUCUCCAGUCAGUACAAGUCCAGUAUUUGUAUCACAAUCCCCACGGAAAUCCAACGUAACUGGCCUGUCGUUCGCACAAGCCAUGCCGAGAUCAUCUGAAGCAGCAGAAGCAGCGGCCGCAGCUUUCAACGCUGCCUUGGCGCAUCAGCUACAGACCCCCGCAGCCGCCGCGACCAUCUCCACCAUAGCCACUUGCAUUUCUACACCGUCUGCCACCGCUACUGCUGCCAGUGUGGGAUCAGCCGGAGUAGGGCUUCCUGGCAGCACGCAUUUCAGCAGAAGCAUGCUGGUCCAAGCACCAGCACUGCCAACUCACUUGCUCCCAUCACCUAUAGCCAUAGCCGGCCUGGCCACGGAUGCUAUUCUGGCCCCUGGCAUUCCGACAUCGGCUACACCCAACUCAUCGCUUUCUGAUGCUGCCGAGUCUGGCCCCUUCACAGAUCUGUCACAUGGGCUUGGAUCCAGCCUGCAUGCUCCUCUGCCUUCUGUCAUUCCGCCAUCGACGCCGGCGUCUGCAUCUGCCCCAUCACGUCGAGAAAUGACGCUUUCGCAAAUGAGCCGCGGAACACCCUCUUGCGGCCACCCUGCUGGAUAUCCUCCAGAGGCUUAGGCAAGGACUGGCAAUGAAACCGGCACUCCAUGCUUGCCCAACUGCCUUGUGUAUAUUACACCUCGACUUUCUCAUGCAUGUCUGUUGUACUGUAUACAGCCUUGUGUAUAUUACACCUCGAUUUUUUCAUGCAUGUCUGUUGUACUGUAUACAGCCUUGUGUAUAUUACACCUCGAUUUUCUCAUGCAUGUCUGUUGUACUGUGUACAGCCUUGUGUUUUUACACCUCGAUUUUUUCAUGCAUGUCUGUUGUAUGUGGUAGAGUAUGCAAUGUUUGAUACUGGGUUGACCCCUAGCUGAGUCAACUAUCCUUUCCAGUGCCUGCACACGCGUUUUACAUGCACCUCCUCUCCCCCCCCCCCCCCCACACUCUUGUAUCAGGUUUUCUCUUCGCAGCCUUCCGUCAUUAUUUUCUGCACGAUUACUUCCUUGCAUGAAAUUGUUUUUUUGUCACACUGAUGUAGUCUAGUACUGCUCUUCUUAAAUUUGACUUUUUUUUACAAGACUCUUCUUUUCUUUUCAUUUCGUUCUCCCACUCUCACACACACAUGCUCACAGUCAUUUCUGCCGUCGUGAGUCGCAUUCGGGACGAAUACGAGAAUGAGCGCUUUGUGGCAAAGCACUGAUUUCCAUGGCGACGCCAACCAAAAUGGUGUCGUUCAUACUUUCUCUUUCUUUCUUGCUGUUGGCUUCACUGCAAA